AUGUCAAGCAGGCGACUUCGGGCAUUCAAGAGGUGGAUGAUAUCCCAAGGCAUUGAAUGGAGCAAGGAGACACUCGAAUUUAUCGACACCCCAGAAGAAGGAAUCUCAGUGAAGGCAUUGUGGGAUUUGAAUGAAGGAGAUUUGAUUUCUAAAAUACCUAAAGCUGCUUGCCUUACUAUUAAGACUAGUGGGGCUAGAGACUUGAUUGAAUCUGCUGGUCUGGAUGGUUAUUUGGGACUAUCAGUGGCUCUAAUGUACGAGAAGAGCUUAGGUGGGGACUCUCCUUGGGCUGGUUACUUUCAAGUCUUGCCUGACUGUGAGUGCUUGCCUUUGGUCUGGUCUCUUGAUGAAGUUGAUCAGCUGCUUCGUGGCACUGAGCUUCACAAGAUAGUGAAGGAAGACAAGGCUCUUAUUUAUGAGGAUUGGAAAGAAAGCAUAUUGCCUCUUUUGGAUUCCCUGCCAUCAAAUAUUGAUCCAAAAUUUUUUAGAGUGGACCAAUAUUUUGCUGCAAAGAGCUUGAUUGCUUCUCGUUCGUUUGAGAUUGAUGAUUAUCAUGGAUUUGGAAUGGUUCCUUUGGCAGACCUCUUUAAUCACAAGACUGGAGCUGAGGAUGUGCACUUUACGUGUACAUCAUCUCAUUCUGAAUCUGAUGAUGACUCCGACAAUAGUGAUACUGAUGACUUAGAUGCUGAUAAUAUUGACAACAAGGAACAAUCAAGUGAGCUGGAGUGCUCUUCAGUUGCUGGGGAUGAUCCCUCAGUGUUGGAAAUGAUUAUGGUGAAAGAUGUUAAAGCUGGGGUUGAGGUCUUUAAUACAUAUGGGUUGAUGGGUAAUGCUGCAUUGCUUCACAGAUAUGGGUUUACAGAGCCAGAUAAUUCCUUUGGCAUUGUCAAUAUUGAUUUGGAAUUGGUACUAGAAUGGAGUUCCUCUUUAUUCUCUAGCAGGUUACGUAGAGCAAGGUUGUCCCUUUGGAGAAGAAUAGAUUAUGGGGGAUGUGCCAGCCAGAGUGCUGAAUACUUUGAGAUAUCAUCUAACGGGGAACCACAAAUUGAGUUGUUGAUUUUAUUGUAUAUAAUGUUGUUACCGGAGGAUGCUUAUCACAAGUUGGAUCUUGCAGUCUCAACUGCAAAUAACUACGAAGGAUCUGUUGGCACAAUUUUAUCAAAAAAAUGCAAUAUCCCAUGGGAUAAUAGCUCAGAAUCGAGAGCAGACUUGCUGCUGACAGAAAGUGUAUGCAAUGCUCUUUUGUGGCUUGCUGAUAAGAGGGAGAGUUUGUAUGGCUCAAAUUCAAUAAAACAUGAUAUUGAAGCACUGGAAAAAUGUUGUAUGAAAGAGAGAAAGCUAUACCAUUCCCUGAUGUUGCGUGUGAGUGAAAGGACGAUUCUCGAGAAUCUUAGAACUUAUGCUGCUGUUGGUGCUCGUUCCCAGUCUUCUUUCAAAGGCAUUCAGAGAGCAUCUAUGAGGAAGAGAUUAAAGAGGAACUGA